CCUUCAUCUUCUUCUGAUUCUCCUUCUCCUUCUCCUCAUUCUCUCUUAUUCCCGUCAAUUAUCAAAUACAAUCGAAUGGACCCUUUUACCCAUUCAUCUUUUCAUUGUUUGUUUUUUCCCCUCAUAUUAUUUGGACCUCUUGCCUUUCAAAAUUUUCAAAUAUACUCUCCUUUUCUUCUUCUUCUUCUUCCUCCUCCUCCUCCUCUCCUUCUCAUUCUAUGAAAGAAGAAGUUUUUUGAGAUUAUUCAAUUAUGGGAAACUGCUGUUUAAAACCAGCCAAGUGCGCUCAUGCUUCUUCCACUAAUUUUUCUUCUGGAACUACAGGGUCUCAUAAUAACGAGUUGAAGCAGGAUUCUACCACUUCUUCGCAGAAAGCAUCACUGGGAAGCUUUAAGAAAUCUUUCGAAACAAGCGCGGUUGAUGCAUCUGUUCCCGGCAAUCUCAAGUCCUUUAGCUUUAGUGACCUAAAGAAUGCCACCAAGAACUUUCGCUCCGAAACAUUGCUUGGAGAGGGUGGUUUUGGGUGCGUUUUCAAAGGAUGGCUUGAUGAGAAUACUUUAGCUCCUACUAAACCUGGAACUGGGAUUGUUGUGGCAGUAAAGAGGCUCAAGGCUGAAAGCUUUCAGGGCCAUAAGGAGUGGCUUGCAGAAGUUAACUAUCUAGGUCAGCUUCGUCAUGAAAAUCUGGUGAAGCUCAUUGGGUAUUGUGCUGAGUCUGAGAACAGACUUCUAGUUUAUGAGUUUAUGCCCAAGGGAAGUUUGGAGAGUCAUUUAUUCAGAAAAGGGGAUCAACCUAUUCCCUGGGCUACACGGAUGCGCAUUGCCAUUGAUGUAGCAAGGGGAUUAUCCUUCUUACAUGGUUUAAAUGCCAAUGUAAUCUAUCGUGACUUGAAGGCAUCCAAUAUUCUACUUGAUUCGGAUUAUAAUGCGAGGCUUUCAGAUUUUGGCCUAGCAAGAGAUGGUCCUACAGGAGAUAACACUCAUGUUUCGACCAAAGUGGUGGGAACUCGGGGUUAUGCUGCACCAGAAUAUGUAGCUACAGGUCACUUGACUCCAAAGAGCGAUGUGUAUAGCUUUGGUGUUGUCAUGCUAGAAUUACUAUCAGGAAGAAGGGCAAUGGAUGAUGAGAGAGCCAAUUUUGUUGAAGAAACUCUGGUGGAUUGGGCAAAACCUUUCCUGAGUGACCCCAGGCGAGUUUUGAGAAUCAUGGACACCAGAUUGGGAGGUCAGUACUCCAAGAAAGGAGCCCAAGCUGCAGCUGCACUCGCAUUGCAAUGCCUGCACACAGAUCCCAAAAAUAGGCCACCAAUGAUUGAUGUUCUGACUGCAUUGGAAAAACUUAACGCAACAAAGGAUGUGCCAACGACACUCGCUCCAUCUAAGCUGGAUAGUCACAGGAUCAAGCACGUGAAUAGUCCUUGCAGGAAUAAUAGAGCAACUACCAAUUUGAUAUGAACAAUGUUUUUCCUUGUGUGCUGAUGCAUCAAUCAUGUUUCUCGGGGAGCUAUUUUCACGAUUCUGGUGCACUGGAAGCUAGUACCUCUCUCUAAAGCAUGUACAAAAUACGUUAUGUGCAUAUUUUGCGAGCGAGGUCAGCUUUGCAGACCAGGCUAAAGCCAAAAUUUAGCAACGAGAAAUCAAUGUUUGUAUAUAUAUGGUCUUUCAGCUUUUGAAGAAUGGUGUUGUGGAAAAGGCAUAUAUAUGCAUUGUAAAUAGCUCUUGGUGUAAGUUUUGUUUGUUAUGAGGAUUAUUCUCAAACGAAAUCACAAAAUGAAGAGGAAUUUGAUAA